CCCGCUCGGCGGUUCCCAUGGUGAUCGCGCGCGCCCGGCCGGUCCCGGCGCAUCCCCCCCGCUCGGCGCGCGCCGUUCCCGCCCUCGCGGGGCCAUGUCCCGCGGGCGCUGCCCACACCUGCUCUGGGACGUGCGCAAGCGGACCCUGGGGCUGGAGGAGCCCGGAUUGCUGCGCAGGCACUACCUCGGGAGAAGAGAAUUUAUCCAAAGAUUAAAACUUGAAGCAACCUUGAAUGUGCAUGAUGGAUGUGUGAAUACAAUUUGCUGGAAUGAUACAGGAGAAUAUAUCUUGUCUGGUUCAGAUGACACCAACCUGGUCAUUACUAAUCCCUACAGCAGAAAGGUUCUCACAACGAUUCACUCAGGACACAGAGCCAAUAUUUUCAGUGCAAAGUUCCUACCAUGCACCAAUGACAAACAGAUUGUUUCUUGUUCCGGAGACGGAGUCAUUUUCUACACGAAUGUUGAACAGGAUGCAGAGACCAACAGGCAAUGCCAGUACACCUGCCACUAUGGGACUACCUACGAGAUUAUGACAGUACCAAAUGAUCCCUACACUUUCCUCUCUUGUGGUGAGGAUGGCACUGUGAGAUGGUUUGAUACUCGCAUCAAAACAAGUUGCACAAAGGAAGAUUGUAAAGAUGAUAUUUUAAUAAACUGUCGUCGUGCUGCCACCUCUGUUGCUAUCUGUCCACCCAUCCCCUACUACCUGGCUGUAGGCUGUUCUGACAGCUCAGUGAGGAUUUAUGACAGGAGAAUGCUUGGCACAAGGGCAACAGGAAAUUAUGCUGGCAGGGGCACUGUUGGAAUGGUGGCACGUUUUGUCCCUCCUCAUCUCAACAACAAAUCCUGCAGGGUAACAUCCCUGUGUUACAGUGAAGAUGGCCAAGAGAUCCUUGUGAGCUACUCCUCAGAUUACAUUUACUUGUUUGAUCCCAAGGAUGACACAGCACGAGAACUUAAAGUCCCUUCUGCAGAAGAGAGAAGGGAAGAGUUACGUCAGCCUCCCGUUAAACGUCUGCGGCUCAGAGGGGAUUGGUCAGAUACUGGGCCAAGAGCAAGGCCUGAGAGUGAGAGAGAGAGAGAUGGGGAGCAGAGUCCCAAUGUCUCUCUGAUGCAGAGGAUGUCAGACAUGCUGUCAAGGUGGUUUGAAGAAGCCAGUGAAGUUGCACAGAGCAAUCGAGGACGAGGAAGAUCACGGUCCAGAGGUGGGACUAAUCGGACUGAUGCUCCUUCUACUAAUAACAUGGCACCUAGUAGAGAAUCAGAAACUGCAAUGGAAGUAGAUGGUUCUGAACAGCUUCCAUCAUCUUCCUCUUCUACCAUGUCAGCUCAAGCUCCUUCCACAUCAUCUUCAACAGAAAGUCCCCCUUCAACUUCAUUAUUGUCCUCUCCUGAUAAUGAACAAAGGCCUUCUUUUGGGGCCUCAACUCAGCCUGUGCUGCAUCAGUCUGAGUUAAUGGGACCCGAGUUAGCAAUAAUCCGUAGGGGCCUGCAGCGACUGAGGCUUAAGAAGGCAGAGCAGCAGAGACAGCGAGAGCUGGCUGAGGGUUCUGCACAGCCCUCCUCUUCUGAGCAGGCCACCCCUAAGGGCUCCUCACAGGACCCUCAGGCAGCAGAUUCUCCUUCUUCAGUGGUUAACAAACAGCUUGGAUCCAUGUCACUUGAUGAGCCACAGGAGAGUGAUAAGCCACGAACAGGAACAGGUGAACCAGUUUUAAGUUUGCACUACAGUACAGAAGGAACGACUACAAGCACAAUAAAACUGGACUUCACUGAUGAGUGGAGUAGCAUAAAUUCAAGCUCUAGAGGGAGUGGAAGUCAUUGCAAAACUGAAGGCCAAGAAGACUCUGUAAAAACAAAAGCUUUGGAUGAAUCAGGGCCUGAUGGGGAAGAAACAAGGGUUCCUGAUGAAUCUCUCAAGGAAGAUGCAAGUGCUGAAGAGCUGAAAAAUACAGAUGAAGCUGCAGAGACAACAGAAGCAACAGUAUCAGAUAAAGCUGCUCCUGAGCACUCCGGAAUUCAAGCAGAAAAAAUCGGCCCCAAUGCUGAUGCUGUCUCUGGGAACGCAGAGGAAGAAGCCUCCAGUGAGCAGGGGGCACACCAAGACAUUUGCAGCCAGAGCACUGACCCCAGUGCCACCACGCCGCUGGCCAGCGAGGAGCCUCAGUCCCAGCCGGAAUCCUCGGGGCUGGCGGCUCCGGACGAGGCCUCCACCAGGAGCUCGGCCCUGCAGGAAACCGACGACAGCGAUGACGACCCUGUCCUCAUCCCGGGGGCCAGGUAUCGAGGAGGCCCUGGGCACAGAUAUAAUAUCAGAGGAACAGCGAUAGGUGAUAGAAUAAUGAGGUAAUUAAUUAUUUUAUUCCUCCCCCCUCCUUUUUCUUGCCAUAUAUUGGAUUUAUCAGGUUCUGGUUUUUCAUAUCUAACUGGCAUUUUAAGAAUUGCUGUACUUCAAAUGCUAUGAAUUACAGAGCAUAUUGCUUGAGUUAUAUUUAGCUGCAUGUGUUGCAUGGAAAUUGAAAAGAAAUGGCAGUGUAUACAUUUUACAACCUAUUAACAUUUUUAUUGUGUGCCGUAGAAAUUAAUGGAAUUUGAAAAGUGUGUAGCUUGUUAAAAGAAAUAUUCCUUUUAUUCUUUUUUUAAUUGAGCUGCUGAGGAACGAGUUAUAUUUGCAUGGGCUACUGCUGACUUGCUUUGUCUGUAGUAGAGAACAUCCAGUUCUGGACAAAAAUAUAAGACUACAUGAAUCAAAAACCAUUUAUAUUUUUUGCCUGAACAAGAUUAUGGAACUAAGUUUAAUUAUUAGAGCUAUAUUGGGUAAUACACAUUUAGAAAGAUAGAUGCUAAAUUUUACACAAUAUUGCUUUUAAUGAAGUUAAAUGAAAAAAACCCAAACACUUGAUAUCAUAUUCUUCAUUGAAAUACUUGAGGGAAGCAGUUGUUAGAACAUAUAAGGCAAUUUGGGUAAUUGUGUUUGGCCACAUGCUGUAAGAGGGACAAACUCCUCUGCUGUGAUUUCAGCCAGAGGCCAUCUAGAGGGGAAAUGGCCCAAAGUUGUUACAGUGAUGAAAAUGAACAUCUUGGCUUUCUGUGGCUGCAAAGGCAAAGGUGCAGGAUGAGGUUCCAUAAAAGACUUAGCCUGAGUCCUCUAUUUUAAAUGCCUCCAGGAGAGUGGUGCAAAUCUGUAUUUCUUUGUCUUAUAUUUUCAUAUUAGCUGCAAUUGGAAUACCUGGAUUUAACUCACCAGCUUUCUUAGAUGUUCAGGAGUCUUUGUUGUUUGUAGUUGAAAUUUUACAAUAGGCUUUCUUUCUAUAUUCAGCAUGCUUACCAAGGAGUUCUUUAGCUCUUCAGCAGAGCCCAAGGGAAUAUUAGUUUCAUAUUGCUAUAAAUUUAAUAUAAAAUAAAUGAUGCAUUCAACAUAGAAUGUUCUAUCAGUCUGUUAUUCUCUGCUUUUCAUCAUCAUUCAUCAGCAUAUCAGGUGAAAAUUUUUAAAUGUUUUGUAACUGAGAAUAGUUUAAACAUUGAUUGUGUUUGAAAGCUGGGAAAUUACCUAGGAGGGCAUUACAGUAAACAUUUGGUUUUGUAUUAUCAGCAGUGAAAUAACUUGGGCUUUAGGGGUAGUGACAGUGUGCUGUUAACAGGAUGGUUUUGCCUUUGGUGUUGAGCUGUCUUAAUGCUUGAAAUUUGACAGCAGCAGUAAAUCUCUUCCACAGGUUCAGAGGCUCCUAAAGGAAGUAAUCAAUAUCAGAAAUAUAAUCAAAUAUUGGCAUUUAGUCAAAGAAUCUAUUUUAAUAUGGUGGUUAAGGCAAGCCUUUGGAAUUCUUGGGCAGAUCAGUGGUAGCUGGCAAGUGGGUUUCUUUGCAGGAUCAAUGAAGAAAUGCCAGACCUGGAUCAAGGUUUGCUGCAGUGGUUUAGAUACGCACACAGAUAAUAUCAGGAUCAUGGAAUGCCCUGAGUUGGAAGGGACCCACAACUGAGUCCAACUCAAUUGGACACCCCCAGGAAUCCCACCAUGUGCCUGAGAGCAUUGUCCAGAUGACCAUAGGGCGCUGGAGAAAUAAGAUCUAAGUUAAUGGUUAUAAGCCUUAGGUUCUCUGCAAUUGUUUUGGAUAGGGAAAACAGUGCAAAGGAGAAGAUGGUAACAACAGUGGAUAAAAAAUAAGAUGUUAACAUUAGGGAGCUCAAGAGAAAGAAUCAGAGUUUGUGGUCCUCAGCACUGGUUCACUGGAAGAUGUCUCUGCCCCUGCCAGGGGCUUGGGAGAUGAUGUUUAAGGUCUCUUCCAGCCCAAAGCUGUCUACAAUGAAAAAAAGACCAUUUUUGUCUGUGUGUGAGUACAUUUGGAAACUUGGGAAGUGAAAAAAAUCCUCAGUACUGAAGGAAUCAAUACUGAGCUCAAUACACAGUGCAGAGCUGAGACAAGAGGGAUGGAGCAAGGAAGGAGGGAGACGUGAGCUCUGCGCAGCUGAGCUCAGGAGACUGGCCAUUAUCAGCCUAGGAUAAUGGUAUUUGGAAGAAGCAGGGUUAUCUCAGGUACCAGAUGAGUUUUAUGGCAGCCACUACAUUAUUGCCCUUUAACAAACAAACCAGGUAUUUAAUUGUGCAAAUUGUACAGAUUCUUGUUUUUAAAAAAAUCCUCAUUACGCUUCAGAACUUCUAAAUAUACAGAAAACACCCUAUGUGACAACUUAUAUAUUUUAAGACUUAGCUUAUGUGUAUACAUAUUUUCCAUUUCUCUCCAUUUAUAAUAUAUAGCUGUGGAUCAGUUUGCAUCACAGGAUUUUUGUGGGUUUGUUUUUUUGUUUGCCUAUCUUGAAUCUAUGUUUAACUAAAAAAAUAUGGCUUCACUUCAGAAUCCCUACUCCAUUAAUCUCGGGCUUAAUUUAAAUGGACUUUUAAUAAUUAAUUAGAACUAUUAACUUUGAGGGCUUUAAACCUGGCUGAUCAUAAGGGGAAAAGCAGUGCUCUGUGAAUGCUUCCUAGAACUGUACCCAUUGAUGGGGUUGCCUGAGGAGUUCCCACACAAUGUGCAUAAAUUCCAUUGUCUGACAUUUUGUGCUUGGAAGAGCAGUGUGGAAGGGAAGCAGCAGCUCUCAGCCAGGCUCAGCUCAAGCUGACCUCAGAACAGUUCAAAUGGCACAGCACACUUCUGUACCCACUGAGGCUCCAAGUGAUGAGGCUGCUACUGUGUUUGUGUUGGCAAAGACAGGAAUUGCUCAUCACAAAUACAAAUGAAAACAGCUAUGUCAGAUUUUAAAAUUCCUGCACGUGUAUGACUUAAAAAUAAUUAUAGAAAAUCUAUAGUUAUCAACAAGUAAUAUCUCUCAGAAAGAAGGCUUUUUCCUGUAAUGUUCUUUGUUCUGAAAUGUCACUAAAUUGGGCUCAUAUUUAUGUUUUCUGGAGCAGACUUGCCUCUGCCAUGUUCUUGCUUUCUGCAAGGCUCAAUCCCAGUAUGAGAGUUGUGUGUGCUUGGCUGCCUUCUCGCUGGUAAAGGUAAUCAUUGGCUUCCAAGACAACUAAAUAGAAAUCCACUUCUGCCUUUUAAAAUGAGGCCCCAAAUGAGGAGGUUAAAUUCAGAGCUCCAUUUAGUUGAAAGACAGUUUUAACCAAAAGUUGCUUCUGUGCUUCUGCUCUUAUUUAAAAAUGCAUGAUUCUGAUUGCUGAGUAGUAUUGAGGUUUUUUUGCAAUGUCUGCAUAUUUCAGCCUAGGGAAAUGGGGAGGAGGAAAUCAAUUUUCAUAGAGAUGUCUGGAUGAAAAAUUGUGCAAGAAACUACUUUGCUUUACCAAUUAGCUACUUUAAUAUCAUCUUCUAAUCCCAAGACUUAUUACUGCUGUCCAGCAAGUAACCCUUCUGCAACAGCUGGACAAGUCUACUGCUCUGUCAGUCCUAAUGAUGUUUAACUUCCCAGCCUCUUCACUGCACAUCCUUAAUUAAUUAAUGUGAAUAAAUGCACCAAAAUUGCAAGAAAAGGAAUCACAGUAAAUGAUAGAUGCUUUUACUUUCUCAUACAAACCCCAUCUUUUUUUAAAAGCAAGUGAAACCCAAAUCUGCACAAAUAAUGGUUUGAAGUUUCUGUAAGUGUUUGAUGCAGCCUAUCAUGUGUCUGUCACCCUUUUUCCUUUAUGUAGAAGCAAACUGGUGAGGAGAAUAACUCAGUGAUCUUUAAAGCACAGUAGAUAAAGAACGUAGGCUUCUUUUUUUACCCCUCUGUUUAUGAAGAAGUUGUGAAGAACCCUCUUAAAUCUGUUGAAGAUUAAAGUUGAAACUCGGCAUACUAUAAGGAAUAACUAAAAAAUACAGUGUAUUUAUUUACUGUAGUAUAAAAAAGAUGAACCAGGAAAUUGCCUGGGGAUUGAAAGGAUAGAAAACUCUCACCAAGGAAGUAGUAGUAGUCUACUUUUUCUGGUGCUGUUUGCUAGGCAAACAUCUAAGAAAUGUGUUAUAAUAAAUAGCACACUGUUAAGUGGGUCUAUUGACUGGUGCUUUCAAAACUCUUCUGGUCUCUAUUAAAAAAGUAUUAAAAUUUAUUUUGAAAGCUUAGCUGUAUUAGGUGAUCUGUCUUAGUAAAACAGUGUGUGGUUUGUUGGUUUAUUUGUUUUUAUAGUAAAUAAAUUUGCAUUAAU